GGGAUGAGGAACUGCAGAGGUUUUAAAAGUUGAACGGUUUUGGUGCCCAAGAAAGAACAAAACAAGUUCUAUAACGUACAUGAAUCAGCUCUUCAUGUUAGUCUGGUCCAAGGGGCAGAACGAGGCAAAAGCACCACCAUCAGCACCGGCCAGGUCUCGGCCAUACCAAGGUGUUCGAGUGAGAGAUCCAGUCAAAGAAUUGCUGAGAAGGAAGAGAAACCUGCAGUUCCACAGCACAAAGACAGCGCCCUCUACUGUGGAUGCGGGCCAUCAGAACCACCAGACGUUAUACACACAAGGCGUCUUUGGGUCUGACGGUCCUGUUAGCUCGCCAGCUGAGACGUCGCCUUCAGGUAAUGAUAGAGGGCUGCAGUGUGCGGGAUGGAAAGCUCCGCCUCCUACCACUAACCCCGGCCUGCAGCCUGCCGUACCAACAUGGACCUCACCAAACGGUAACCAGCGGGAACCCUCAGCUCAAGCACUGGCCUACCCAGGAACCACCGCUCUCACAGCAGACAUGUACAUGCCGACCCUUUGCCCCAGCUACACCAUGCUGACCUACACCCACACGCCACUGCUCACUAAUUUUGGGACCAUACCUAUGGCUCCAGCACCAUCCUCCUUCCCACAGAUGGAUCUUAAAGAUUCAGGGAUGACGUACCUCCCCUGGGCCCAGCCCCUCAACACCAUAUCCACUAUGUCCAGUACAGGAGUCCAGUUUACACCUGGGUCUGCAAGCUUGCCUGGGACACCUCUGGUUCACAUGCCUCUGUCCAUGUCUUUGACCACCGUGAUCCCUCAACUUGAGGCCCAGAGUGUUGACUCUCACCUCCAGAUCCUGGACCUCCCGCAAUGUUCAGACCAUCAACUGAACCGUGAAACACAAGCACAGUCUCUGGAUGAUGAUUCGGGUAUUGAACCAGAAUCACCAAAUCUGCUGGAUAAACUUCUGGAUCAAAAGGAUGCUGAAGAAGAACAAGAGUGCAAGAGUUUUUACAGUAGCUCAUUCUUUCUAGCCAGUGACUGAAGGAGUCCAUUUUACUUGUGGAAAGUUUUCAGAAAACAGAAAAUACCGGCAUUUAUCAGGACAAUAAUUUAGGCUUAUCACAUUGAGGUGCAACUGACACCAUUAAAAGCUUCAGUGAGUUUCCACAGAACUUUUACAACAGACAUCUUACACGGUCCACAUUGCAGUGAUUAGUGUCCUUUGUGUCGGGCCACCAAAAGAACUUCAUUGUGCAAGUAUUUCUGCUUCUAAUUCCUUCCUCAGCACCCAUUUGGUCACAUUAUCAUAGAAGAUUAUGCCACUUUGUCACAGCUAACAAGCUUUGUUAGCAUGCUAAAGCUCCACUAACUUUCAUCCGAGGAAACCAUGUCUUUCAGGUUCAUUGUGGAUACCCUCUCAACCUUGUCGUCAUCAUUGCAUGGUCUUGGAAAUUCCACAGUGGUUAAAACAAAGAGUUCAAAAUACCUUAUUUUCAUUGCGACCAGGCUUUGGCAAUAGCUUGCAUUUCCAUUUACGUUGUAAGGUUGUCAUAAAUGUCACAAUGUCACCUGGAGGUUUACUGGACACAGCUGCUUUAGCACGUGUCACAUGGUACAAGUAUGUCAUCAAACCUCUUGCUAGAUCAGAUUCAUGGCUGACUGAGAUCUUUAAAUGUUAAUGUGUCAGUGAUGGACCGUGAUCUUCUGAGAUGCACAUCCAUGAACGUGAGGAAAGCGGCUUUAGUUGCUAAAUUUGUUUGUUGAUAUCAGCAUUUUAACAACUAUCUCUACCUUUCUUGGACUUAUUAAAUUCAAUUCAUUUUAUUUCAUUUAUAUAGCACCAAAUCACAACAAAAUUGCCUCAAGAUGCUUCACACAAGUAAGGUCUAACCUUACCAACCCCCAGAGCAAGCACACAGGCGACAGUGGUAAAAAGAAAAACUCAAUUCAAUAUCAAUAUCAUAUAAUUCAAUAUCAUUUUUAGGAUUCACUGCAGUGAAUUGAUUCACAAUUGCUCUCUAUCACCUGCUGGCAUGGACUGGCAGAAUUAAAAAAAAAAAACAGUGAAGGACUAUAGCAG